UUUCUCUUUAACCACUCUUCUUCCCUCGUUUUUCCCUCCUCCAACAUUUCUCCCUCCCUCCCUUUGAGACGUUUCUCAUGGUUUCUGUGUGAGGAGCUUUAGCUUUCUCAGGCUGUGCACGAGAGAGGGAGGAUGCCAGAGACUUGUUCUCUAAUGCACAUGUUCAAAACAUAGAGAAUUUUUUUUAAUACUCAGAAUUCUUAUAAAUUCAACAUCCGACACAAACUUCUUAUCCAAUCUUUUUUUUUCCAAUUGCAGAGGUGAUCUUAGUAUUUUGGAUGAGGGUGAGGUUUGCUCUCUGCUUGCUUUGCAUCCCUUUCUGACUUGUGGAGGUACGACUCUGGGCUUGUCUUCUUCCUGUGGAGAUUUGGGGGCAGCUGGAACACAAAUGAGUGCUUUUGCUUUUUGGGAAAAACGGUGAAGAGGACAGCAGUCUGCAGGAACCGGGACAGGCGUCUGCACAGAGGUUUCCAGAGUCAGCAGCCAUGAAAGAUAACUACGGUGGAUAUGAGAACCGGCUUUUCAAAGACGAGGACUUCACUGGAGAGGAGGACGAGAUGCCCUCCUUUAGAGGUCGCGGCAGAGGGGGCUGUGUCAGAUGCCAGCAGAGCCAGUCUCUCCAGCUGGCUAUCAAAGUCCUCUACGCAUUUGUUGCUUUCCUCAUCAUUACCGUUGCAGUGCUGGCAUCCCUCGUGUUCAAAAAGGUUGACAACUUGUCUGAGGAGGAAGCAGUCUACCAUAUGAAGAUCACCAAAGUUCAGCAGGGAAUAGAAGAUCUGAGGUCUGAAUCCAACAGCUCCGGCUGCCUGGAUGUCACGCUUUACAGUGAGGAGAUCAGGAGGCUGAAGAAGGAGUUUGAAGACAUGCAAAAAAUGUUACUGGGACAGGAGCAGGUCCUGGAUCAGACCUCCCAAACACAGGCCACCAUAAAGUCAACCAGCAACCGUCUGACCAGGGAAGUCCAAAACCACCUGAUGUCAAUCCGACUUCUCAACCAGUCCCUGGAGAGGUUCCUGGAUAGGGUGGACGGUUGGAAGGAGGUGAUUGAGGAGACGGAGGAGAAGAUGGAAACGCUGACAGAGGAUCAGUACGACAUCAAAGCAACAGCGCAGCAAGUCAACACAACAGUGGCCCUCAGCACGAUGUGGAUAGAUGCUCUGCAGAAGAAGGCAGACGAGGAGACGCUGGUCCUCCAGAAGCUGACCAGCGACUGGCAGAACUACAGCCGAGUCCUGAGCGCCAUCAAGUCCAACACCAGCAGCACCUCGCAGACCGUGCGCUUCCUGCAGAGCAGCAUUAUGAUGGACCAGCAGAGGAUCGCCAUGUCCACUGAGAUCUUUUACGAUCUGACGCAGCAGGUUUUGAACCUUCAGAUGCAGCUGGACAAUGUGACGUCUUUCAUGGAUGAACACGAAGAGAAUAUGCAUGACCUUCACUACCAUUCCAGAUAUUACGAGAACCGGACCGGUGAGCGUUUCUCUGCUCUGGACAGUCGUCUGAACUCGAUCCAGAUGGAGAUUGACACCGUCUCCUCCAGCAUCAACGCCACCGUCAACCACGUCCAGAGCAUGUACAAGUACAUCAGGAUUGAGAGCUCGUCCUGCCAGAGCCGCCUGGGCAGACACACGGAGGAUCUACAGAACAUCAACAACACAGUGCUGUUACUGCUUCACCUGGCUGACACGCUGAGACAGCAGAACAUGCUGCUGAAUGUCCGUCUUGAUAUGGAUGUGAGGAACUUGUCCAUGGUGAUGGAGGAGAUGAAGCUGGUGGACGUUGCUCACACGCAGAUCAUAAAGAACUUCACCAUUCUGAGAGGUGCUCCUGGAAAACCUGGGCCGAAGGGGAACCGUGGUGAGACUGGCCCAAAAGGACCUCAGGGCCUGUCAGGCAGCAAAGGGGAGAGGGGCCCGAUAGGGGGCCGUGGACCUGCUGGGGAAAAGGGAUUUCCUGGCCCAAAAGGAGCACCAGGGGAACUUGGCCCUGGGGGCAACAAAGGGCCUCCAGGUCUAAAAGGAGCAAAGGGUACCAUUGGUCAGGCAGGCCCGAAAGGUGAAAGGGGCCAGAAAGGUGACAUGGGCCUCUCUGGUAAGGCUGGUGCUCCAGGACCCACAGGGCCCUCGGGGAUACAGGGUCAGACAGGACUACCUGGGAUAGUUGGGCCACCAGGGCCGAGGGGAAAACCAGGACCAGCGGGGCCACCUGGACCUCCAGGCACCCCCGGACCUCCCGGUUUGCCGUACACACACGACCGCACCAACGUCUCAGAGCAGCGGACUGUGACGCCUGCUGUUGGGUCCAAAAGAAAUUAAAGGACUCUUGGAAUCUUUGGUAAAAAGGAACGCAACGAAUUCCGAUAAGAUCUGACACGAAAGAGAGAAGAUCAGUCACUGUGACUGGAGACAAACGCAUCCAUUUCCAUGGGACUGUACAAAGGAAAUGAGAGCUUCUUAAACAAAGUCUGAGACGUUCCCUGGAUGAAAGAUGCAGUUGCACCAGACCAAACAACCGAGACGACAAACUGAGCUGUUGAGAGAUGAGAGCUGGACUUUGUAAGGUGGUCUUCAUACCUCUCAUGUAGGGUCCCGCUCACCAAGGAGCUGAGGUGCAUAUGACAGCUAUAAAGAGCUUUUUCUGAACUGUUGAAUGUACUGAAAGCAGGAAUACCUUUAAAAGGUAAACUGACCAAGACCUUCGGUUCAUCAUAAACAAGAGAGCUGUGAACCACAUAUUUGGACUUAGUAGUUGUUUUUCACAUCAAAUGCGGCGUCCAAUGAGAGACUCAGCAAACACCGAAAGUUACCCAAUGCUUAGCAAUAUGUUACUGAGACACCCAGGUCCAGUGGGGGGCACUUUAUUUGUUCUUGAAGCAGAAAAAAAUGGAAUCAUUUCUCAGAGCAGGAACUCUGAAGACGUUUUAAUCGAUUGGAUCUGUGUUCGAAUUGCAGCUGCAGACCAAAGUUGUGCUCCGGAUGAGUUUUUUAAACGGUAUAUUCAAGCUGAUGGUAAAGCAUGUGAUGGUGACUUAUUAAUGAUCUAAAAUCCAUUGGAAGUGAGCUACGGAAAUUCUAUUGAGAUCAAGCUAUAAUAAUGGAAUACAAUUAAAGACAUAAGUGGGUCUAAAAUUGUACAUUUGUAAAAAUGUAAUGAAAACACCAACAUUAUGAUAACAGUUAAUCGUUUUUCUUUUUCCACAGUGAUUAUUUUGAUGAGUUGGGGCCAUGUUAAGCACAAAUAAUCAAGUAUAACUCACAAUAAAAGAGUAAAACUAAUGUUUUACACUGCUGUGAUUGUAAUGAAAUGCAACUGGUUUGCGUUGAACUUCAAUAAAGGCUUUUUUUUUUUUACA